AAUAUAUUAAAUUGUAAACAAUAUGAUGCAGUGACUACAUUAUGGACUUGGUAGGAUCGAUCACUGAAUUUGUGAAGUUUGUUGGUGGUCCAAUUGUGAGGUACCUAAAAUAUCAGAUAACAUUCAAGAAUCAAUUGGAACAAUUCAAUGUAAGGAAAGAGCGAUUGUGCAAUCAAAAGCGUGACGUUGAAUCAAGAUUGAAUACAGAGCUUCACUAUGGGAAAGUUGCAAAGGAGGAAGUGCAAACAUGGUUGAGUGAUGUGGAAAAUUUUAUUGCAAGACAAGAGGUUGAAGAUGAAGUGAACAGUCGAGGAUGUCUCUCAUGUUGUUGUCGAGUAAAGAUUCUGGAGGAAAGGGCUCAGGAAUUGAAGGAAAUAUAUGACAGAGGGGAUAAAUACACUAAUGACUGUUUGGUCAAGGAUGAUCCAUCUAUUUCAGCAGUGGAAUUGCCAACAACAAAAUUACAAGGCAGAGAAGAAGUCAAGGCAGAAAUUUUGGCAUUCUUGACAGGAGAUGAGGUGACAAGGCUUGGAGUUUGGGGAAUGGGGGGAGUUGGAAAAACAACAAUCAUGAAGCAUGUCCACAAUGAGUUGUUAAAAGAAAGAAAAUUCAAGAAAAUAAUUUGGGCAAAUGUGUCACAAACCCUUGAUAUCUACAAUUUGCAACAACAAAUUGCAAGCAUCUUGGAGGAAAAAAAAAUACUAGAGCAACAAAAUACAAGUGUACGUGCGGGAAUGUUAUUAAAGGUGCUACAAAGACACAGGCCUUACUUGUUGAUUCUAGAUGAUGUGUGGAGUAGAUUUGAACUUGAAGAUGUUGGAAUUCCUGAGCCGCUCGUAAGUGAUGGUUGCAAGCUGGUAUUGACUACACGAUCACAAGAGGUUGCUCAUACAAUGGACUGUAAGAUAAUUAAAGUGACGACUCUUGCACAAAGGGAAGCUUUACAAUUAUUUAUGCAUAAAGUUGGAAAUAUUGUUUUAUCUGAUCAAGGGUGCAUUAAGGGAACUUUAGAAGCAACUUUAAAGAGGAUUGUAGAUGAAUGUGAUGGCCUUCCCCUGGCAAUUGUUACAGUUGCUAGUAGCUUGAAGACAAAAUCUAAUCCACGGUCGUGGAGUGUUGCAUUGAAUCAAUUGAAAGACUGUAAAAGAAAUGUAGCAGGUACAAAUGAUGCUGAUCCAUUUGGGGUAUUAAAAUUUAGUUAUGAUCGUUUGGAAAUUCCAAAAAUCCAGCAUUGCUUUUUAUGUUGUGCAUUGUAUCCUGAGGACCACAAUAUCCCAAUAAAUUCCAUAAUUGAUUAUUGGAUUGAUGAGGGGCUGGUAGAUGAAAUGGAGACAUUACAAGCAAUGAAGGAUGAAGGCUAUGAUAUAUUGAGGAAACUUGUAGAUAAUUGUUUGUUGGAAUCCAUUGAAGAUAGAUUUGAAGGCAAUUGUGUGAGGAUGCAUGAUCUUCUUAGGGACAUGGCAUUGCAAAUUACAAGAACAAGUCCUCGAUUCAUGCUAGAAGCUGGCAAGGCAUUAACAGAGCUACCUGAGAAGGGAAAAUGGACAGAAUAUCUUGAAAAGGUUUCAUUAAUCAGGAAUGAGAUAAAAGAAAUUCCUUCAAGCAUCCUAUCUUCAAAAUGCACAAUGCUCACAACUUUGUUGUUAUCCCACAAUAAUUUAUCAAGAAUUUCAGAAUCUGUCUUUGAGCAUUUGCUUGGACUCAAAAUUCUUGAUCUUUCCUACAAUCAACAACUGAAGGGCCUGCCAAAUUCCAUCUCCAAAUUGGUGAAUCUCACUACACUUUUGUUGCAAUGGACAUCCUUAACAGAAGUUCCAUCUUUAUCAGAGCUUGAAGCCUUAAAAAAGUUAGACCUUGGUUGGACAAAAAUCAAAGAAGUCCCUAAAGGCCUAGAAAUGUGUACAAAUCUCAAAUAUCUUAGUCUUAGAAGAUAUGGUGGCAUAUUAGAUGAUGCAAUAUUAUUAAAUCUCUCAAAACUACAACAAUUAUUUGUAGAUGAGAGAACAGCAUUAAGAGGGGAAGUGAUAGGGAGAUUGAAGAAGCUGGAAGCUUUUGGUGGCAGGUUUCCUACAGUGGAUGACUGGAGCAUCUUUUUGAAAUGUGUUCAUGGUCAAGGAGAUGGGCUCAGUAGAUACUAUGUUAUAGUUGGAAACGAGUCUGAGUGGUUGCUUUCUGGUAAAUCUCUCAAGAACAUUACAUUCAAUAGAAUUGAUAUUGUUGGAGAGAAUAUAAUAUUGCCACAUUCAGUAAAUGAAUUAUUAAUUGAGCGUUGUGACAACUUAAGAUCCUUAAAUGAUUUUUCUUCCAUUAAAGAUGCAAUAGAUUUGAGGAGAUGCCGGAUUGCAGAUUGUAAAGGCAUGAAGUGUGUUUUUUCCUCGUGGAUAAACCCACUCAUCCAAACCCUGGAGGAAUUGAUUCUUAAUGGAUUGGACAAGUUGGAAGGCCUAUAUGAAGCAGAAGCAAUUGCUAGGUUCCCACCGCAACCUAGCACCUUUUCAUCUCUUAAAUAUAUUCUGCUUUUUGAUUGUGGUAAAAUAAAAAAGUUGAUCCCGUCUUGGAAGUUGUUAGCGUAUCUCCAAAAUCUUGAGCGGAUUGAUGUCUGGAAUUGUGAAGAAUUGGAAGAAAUAAUAGCAUCAGAUCCAGAAGAAGGAGGGGACAUCAUCAAAAAGCUCAUUCUUCCAAAAUUAAAACUUCUAAGAUUGCGAGACUUGCCCGCAUUGAAGAGCAUCUGUAACAGGAGUGCGGUAAUGGUUUGUGAUUCUCUUGAAGAGAUUGAAGUCAGGAAUUUAUCCCUGUUUAUCUUCCCCUACUUGACAAUGCCCAACCAUCUCCUCCUCCUUCCCUCAAAGAAAUCAGAGCAAUUCCACAAGAAUGGUGGGAAUCUUUGGAGUGGAACCAUCCCAAUGCAAAGGAUGUCCUUCAAUCCAUGGUUUAUUUUACUAGUCCAUUCGCGAUUCCAUCAUCAGCGUGGCAAUAGUCCGAAUUGAAGGGUUAUCCAGAUUCAAGAAGACUGAGGAUCUGAAGCGGAUUCAGUCUGUCUUGUUCAGGGAGCUUCAAAGGAUGUGCAUUCUACUUUCUAGUUUCUACCCUUGUCUGGAUUUAAGUGUGAUUGUUGUACUUUCAAUUUCAUACUGUGUGUGUGAAUAAUUGUGUUGGAAACGGGCUUCAAAGAAUGUGCUUUAAAUGUACAUAUAAAAUAUGUUGUCAAUCCAAUCUUUGAUGAUUUAAGCCUACAUUGAAAUUCUCACCCAGAACAAUCAAAUCAACAAUUAAUUCUCUU